CCAAAAACCCUCUGUAGCAAUUAGCAAACCCUGUUAUUCGCUUUCUUCAUACCACUCUUGCGCCAAAGCAACAAUGGUUCGAAGCUUGAAAAACCCAAAGAAAGCCAAAAGAAAGAACAAGGGUUCAAAGAAAGGAGAUGGAUCAUCUUCGUCCAAUGCAAUACCCUCAAUGCCAGCGAAGGUAUGGCAACCGGGUGUGGAUGCGUUAGAGGAAGGUGAAGAGCUUCAGUGUGAUCCUUCAGCUUAUAAUUCUCUUCAUGCCUUCCACAUUGGCUGGCCCUGCUUAAGCUUUGAUGUUGUGCGUGAUUCACUGGGGUUAGUUCGGACAGAAUUUCCGCACACUAUAUAUUGCGUCACAGGAACUCAGGCAAAUGGUGCUCCCAAUUCGAUUGGGAUAUUUAAAAUAUCAAACAUUUCUGGGAAACGACGGGAACUAGUACCAACAAAAACAUCCAAUGCUGACACCGAUAUGGACAGUGAUAGCAGUGAUAGUGAUGAAGAUGAUGAAUUGGAGGACAAUGGACCAAAGGCUCCAGUCUUUCAGCUGCGCAAAGUGUUUCAUGAAGGUUGUGUGAACAGGAUUCGCGCAAUGACACAAAACCCCCAUAUAUGUGCAACUUGGGGAGACACCGGUCAUGUGCAGAUAUGGGAUUUUGGCUCUCAUCUAAAUGCUUUGGCAGAAACUGAAGCUACUGUUAGCAAAGACACUAACACAGUUUCUAAACAAGCUCCUUUAGUUAAGUUUACUGGUCACAAGGAUGAAGGCUAUGCGAUUGACUGGAGUCCUCUCGUUCCUGGCAGGCUUGUGUCCGGGGACUGCAAGAAUAGCAUCCACUUAUGGGAGCCAGCAUCUGACCUCACAUGGAAUGUUGAUAAUAAACCGUUUGUUGGACAUACAGCUAGUGUUGAAGAUUUGCAGUGGAGCCCUACAGAACCAUUUGUGUUUGCCUCUAGUUCCGUGGAUACAACUAUUGCAAUAUGGGAUACCCGUUUAGGGAAAUCACCAGCAGCUUCUAUUAAGGCACACAACACGGAUGUCAAUGUUAUUUCAUGGAACAGGCUGGCUAGCUGUAUGCUGGCAUCUGGUAGCGAUGAUGGAACGUUUUCUAUUCGUGAUCUUAGAAUGCUUAAGGAAGGUGAUUCUGUGGUGGCGCAUUUCGAGUACCACAAACAUCCUAUAACAUCCAUCGAAUGGAGUCCACAUGAAGCGUCUACCUUGGCAGUAUCAUCAUCGGAUAACCAACUCACAAUAUGGGACCUUUCUUUGGAACGAGAUGAGGAAGAAGAAGCCGAAUUUAAAGCCAAAACACAAGAGGAAGUACACGCACCCACAGAUUUGCCCCCACAACUUCUUUUCGUUCAUCAGGGUCAGAAAGACUUGAAAGAACUCCAUUGGCAUACACAGAUUCCGGGAAUGCUCAUUUCUACAGCUGCCGACGGUUUCAACAUCUUGAUGCCUUCAAAUAUCGAAAGUAAUCUCCCUCCGAAUGCUGCUGCUUAAACACCCAUUAGUAUGCUUAACCGUCAAGUUGAAGAUGCGGGAAAGACGAGAUAAACAGAGUGAUAAUUUAUUGCAUAGUUUCUGUUCGUGUCGAAUUUAAAGAUAAAAUAGUAGGAGAAAUUUUGUUGUUUGUACGAUUCGUUUGGAACUUUUGAGUUGUAUGAAAAUGGGGUUGAAUGGCAAUUUUUAUCAUGAAA